AUGGACAAGCUGUUGGAGGAUGGCAGCGGCACGACGAUCACCAACGACGGCGCCACCGUCAUGAAGAAGCUGAACAUCGUCCACCCCGCAGCCAGGAUCUUGGUUGACAUCUCCAAGGCCCAAGACAACGAAGUCGGUGACGGCACCACCAGCGUUGUCGUUUUGGCAGGUGAGCUGCUAAAGGAAGCAAAACACUUCCUGGAGGACGGCUUAGUCGCCCCGCAGAUCAUCAAGGGCUACCGCAUGGCUUGUAAUCUCGCCGUCUCGAAGCUCCUCGACAUGGCCGUAGACCUCAAGGACAAGUCGCCGGAGGAGAAGCGGUCCAUGCUGAUCAAGUGUGCAGAGACCACCCUGAAUUCAAAGCUUGUGGCCGAUUACAAGACCUUUUUUGCCGAGAUGUCCGUGGAUGCCAUCACACUUCUUGGCGAUGAUAUGUCCGUUUCAUCCGUCGGCAUCAAGAAGGUGACCGGAGGCUCUGUGACAGACACGCUGCUGGUCCCCGGCGUGUGCUUCAAGAAGUGCUUCUCCUACGCGGGCUUUGAGCAGCAGCCGAAACGCUUCGAGAAUGCCAAGAUUCUGCUCCUGAAUCUGGAACUCGAGCUGAAAGCCGAGAAGGACAACGCCGAGGUCCGGAUCAGCGAUCCCGACCAGUACCAGUCCAUCGUAGAUGCCGAGUGGAACAUCAUCUACGAGAAGCUAGACCUGAUCGCCAAAUCGGGCGCAAACGUCGUUCUCAGCCGAUUGGCCAUCGGAGAUCUGGCGACACAGUAUUUUGCAGACCGCAACAUCUUCUGCGCCGGGCGCGUGGAGGUUGAAGAUCUGGAACGCACCCGCCGGGCGACCGGAGCGGAAGUCCAGACCACGGCACAGGGCAUCACCGAGAGCGUCCUCGGUUCCUGCGGCCUCUUCGAGGAGAGGCAGAUGGGUGCCGAACGCCCUCUGGCCGAGGCGCUCGAUCGGGCCACGCUCCACGGCUUGGACUGCCCCGGUGAAGGAUCCUUGUGCUGCUCCGCCUUCGCCUGCCUGUGGGGGAAAAGGAUCUAG